AUGGUCAAAGCAGAGCUUAAGGCCGCCAAGAAGGCGCUCGAGGAUAAUGAUCCCGACACCGCCAUUUAUUACGUUAAAGAGGUACUAGAGGAAGACCCGAAGAAUUAUUUUGCGUUGAUUUUCGAAGGAAAAGCUUAUCAAUUGCUCAAGAAACCUCGCGAGGCCACGAAGGCUUACAAGAAAGCUAUAAACCUUGAUGGCAAUAAUCUACUCGGAUGGAAAGGCUUGUUUCAAGUGGUCCGUCUGUUGAAUCCUCCUGAGUCUGAUAAAGUGUUUGAAGUUGCAGCGCAGUUGGCCCAUAUUCAAGAGGAUCAGGGUAUUCUGCCAGCUGAAACCCUCAAGGAUGUGAAAAACUACCUUGAUGCUAUCGGAUACAAAACCAAUCGUGAUGUAUUCACUCAAUUCGUUGAUGCCACGCAACCUGGUACUGAUUUUGGGGAUAUCGUCGGUAAUUCACUCGGUACUCGUCAGGACAAUUUAAUACAUCUCAUCAAGCUUGUUAAAAAGCCUGUGGACGAACAAGUCGCCAAAGUCCUGAUGAAGGAGCGCGUGAAACUCGGCAAAGUGCUUACACCAGAGCAAAGAAAGUCAUAUGACUCCCAAAUAUACAGCAUCUACAACCUGCUGCGACUUCUUGAUCAUUAUGAUCAAUUACUUGAAAUCAGUGAUGACGACGAAAUUCGGACGAAGUACAAAGAAGAAAAACUUCGAUUUUUGCUUGAUUUACUUCAGUGUACCCCAAACAAAAAAGAAACCUUCAAUUUAGCAAAGGAUUUGGUCGAUGAUAUGGUUAUGCUCAAUGUGCCUCUGUUAUUUGCAUGGCAAUUAUAUUUUGAUUGGGCAGACUUUGAACUGCUCUCACUGCGUCAUAUACCCACUGAUCGCGUGAUUCGAUACCUCCAGCAGUUUCCGAACGAUUCUCUUUCCACAAUGAUGUAUGCAUUUGUUCUUUCAGACAUGCUGGACUUCGACCGUGCUCGCAUCGUUAAUGAAACGGGUGGAGCUAUGGGUUUACCACAAGAAAAAGUGGUUGAAGAGGACGAAGGUAUUGAUGAUGAAGAACACGAGCUCAUUGACGAAGAAUCCAAUGAUGAUAAGAACCUUCUUUUACCUGAUCAAACUAUUAGCAUGAUGAUUGAGGGGUUUAACAAAUCGAAGAAUAGCGUUUUUGCCAAUCGCAUGAUUUGUAACUACUAUCUUCACAUCAGAGAGUACCGAAAUGCUCUGGCCCGGUGCCAACAACUGGUGCAAUUAUUGGCACAGCAACAACGAAAGUACGGCCUUGAUGAUUUCUUGCCGCAUGCAAAAACUGACUUCUUGAAAACUCUAGCUAUUGUGUACACUUACUAUGAAGCGCCGAAGAACUUCCCUCGAGCCUUGCAAUUGUAUGACACCGUUCUUGCAAUCAAUCCCGGAGAUGUGAACCUGCGAGUUGGCAAGGGGAUUAUCUUGAUGGAAAAGGGUGACUAUGACGCUGCCCAUAGUCUACUCAGUGAAGUUUCACGUCAAUACCCCGAUAAUACAGAAGCUGUGAGUGAACUCGGAUGGUGUUAUAUCAAAUUGGGAAAGCACGUUGAUGGGAGAGAUUGUGUCCAGAAAGCAUUGGCUGCGGUUGUUGACACCGACGUAGCACUGGCCAACUUUCGUGCGAUCUGCCAGUGGCGCUUAGCAUAUCUGUUUUAUCAUGACGACGAUACGUCUAGGGCCCAUUCGGCUGCAAUUGCAUCGCUCAAAGAAAACCCAAAUUAUGCUCCGGCUUAUACGUUAUUGGGCGAAUUGUACAAUGCUUUCCAAGAUGCGGAAAGAGCUCAAAAAUGCUUCUACAAGGCUAUCGAGCUUGAUUCUGAUGAGAUUGUUGCUGCAAAGUAUCUUGUGGCUGAUAUUUCUGCACAAGGUGAAUGGGAUGUAGCGGAGGUUUUGUGCAACAAAGUUCUUGAGCUGGAAUCUGGUCGACGCCGAUUGAUUCUGGUGAAUAAUACCGAUGCUGAUCGUGAUUGGCCAUGGAGAGUGUUGGGCGUAUUGAGUCUCAAUCGACAGGAUGACGCUAAGGCAGUCGAAUACUUUCAACUGGCAUUGCGUGUUUACUCUAAUGACUCUGCCUCUUGGCAAGGAUUGGGAGAAGCCUAUUACCAUUGCGGGAAGUUGGAAGCUUCAGCAAAGGUUUUCAACCAUUGUCUCACUGAAUUUGAAGUCAACUGGCAUACCCUAUACUUAUAUGGUAGGGUCAAAUGUGAUAUGGGUAUGUUCACAGAAGGAUUGGAGCACUUAUUAAAAGCUUUGUCCUCCAAGCCGGACGAGGAAUGUAUUCUUGCUGGUGUUUAUGAGGCCUACAUGGGUCAAACACAACAGUUGAUGGCGGCUGGUUAUGUUGGUCGUGCAUUAGCACUGAACUAUGAUGCUUUGGGGUAUUUGCGCCAAUUCCACAGGGUCAACCCUGAUUCGCAAUUGUUUUGGAAGCUGGUAGGUGAAUGUUUGAGAGUUUAUUUGACUAUUCAACGCCGUGACCUGGUCUCCAUUGAGGAUUUGAGAGAUAUUUUUGAAGGGGUUGAGUCAGUUGGUGAUAUUAGUUGGGCCCUGGCACAAGCUAAAUCCGAUCAGUUGAAUGAAUUCAUACUUGAACUUGUUAUCUUAGCUGCUGUCGAAGGUCAAAGGCGCUUGAGCGCUCGAGCCAACAAGUACCUCAGACUGGCAGCUGCAUACAACGUGGGUAUGGCUUAUUGUGAGGGGAUUGUUUAUCAUCUGGACUAUCUUGAACCUGCAAUUACAUCCUUGAAACAGGCAAUCUCGAUUGAACCCAUGAAUGCUCAGUACUGGGUCGGUUUAGGGAACUGUUACUUUUAUAAAUUCCCCCAAGUUGCUCAGCAUUGUUACAUCAAAGCAACGACUCUUGACUCACACGACGCUCUGAUUUGGAUCAAUUUAGCCUCGCUUUAUCUCAAGUAUGACGACUUUGAUUUGGCUCACCAGGCUUUCGCUAGAGCUCAAAGUGUCGCUCCCACAAAUGCCUUGUCGUGGUUAGGCAGUGCCAUGGUAUCCCAAGCUCGCGAGGAUCGAACCAACGCAUAUCGUUUAUUUGCACAUGCAUAUAUCGUUGCCAAUGGUAAGGUGCCUGUGGCUCAGCUUCUCUUUGGAGCACUGACGUUAUCGAAGUACAAGAGUGGAGCCGACCCUCACGACAUCACCACUGCUCAAACUACACUGUUGGCGAACUUCGCUAUGCACAAGUAUCUUCAGUACUUUCCGGACGACUUCCAGGGUCAAAUUGUUGCCUCGAACGUAAGUGAGCGGUGCAUGGAGUACAAUUGGAGUGAAGAAACUACGACCAAGCAAUUGGAACAUUUUGAAAUGGCUUACGAAAAUGAUGAACUGGAGGAAAAUCUUGUAAGGUUUGCGCAAGCGAAAGCUCAAUGUGCUCGAGUUAUACUUGGUCAAGGUGAGUAUACUAAAGCUCUUGAUCAUGCCCAACAGGCUCUCGCACUUAUUGAAGGUGCCGAACAAAAAUUAGAGUUGCUGUGCCGUAUUACCGCGGGGUUAUGCCACUAUUUUCUUGGUGACUUCGAUGCUGCUCUUGCUCAACUUCAAGCAAUUUUGGAAGCAAACCCCACCUCACAACGGCUUGUCGUGUUGGUAGCUCAAAUUUUGUACAGUUUCAACAGCGAUGAUACUAAGCAAGCUGCAUUGGACCAAUUAUUUGGUUACAUUGAGGAAUACGGGUCCUCACCUAUGGUUGUGUUGGUCUUAGCAGCGAUGCUGCUUCGGGACGACAUGAGUGAGUAUUUCGGUCCUGUGCGAGAUGAAUUGGUCAAGAUUGAGCUCAAGGAUGUUAUCAAAGAUACUACUCAAAUAAUUCCUGAUGUCAUUGCCGCCAUUAGUGAAAAAAUGGGAAUGUCUAAUUCGACCGGUUGGCAACGUCAAGCUUAUUUGACUCCUUGGCUCCCCAAUCUGUGGACAAAGCUAGACAACACCGUGGCCCUUCGCAUUGCUGAGCUACCUCAUUCUAAGGUGCGUAGUGACUACUUGGCCAAGCUUUACCACGACUCGGGUGAAGAAAGAAUGAUCCAGAGGCUGAUGAUUUUAUGCCCAAGUAAGUAUUCGACUUAG